AAGUCUAAGGAUGAUAAGUAUGGCCGGACACCGGUUUUAUUUGCUGCCUGGAAUGGACAUGAGGCAGUAAUGAAUCUGCUAUCCUCUCAGGGAGGCGAAACCCCUCCUACUGAUGGAUCAUCAUUACCUACUUCCUCAUAUCUUGCAAUGGCUUUCGUCAUGGCUGAGAAGGGAUUAGUUCUCGAGGAGGAGGAAUUUAAGCUAUUACCAUCACGAUGGAGCAAUGCGGGCAAAUCCCCCACACUGGAUCUAUUGAAUGAUGGGCUGGAAAUUCGGUACAUGGGCCCUCCAUUACACUUCACCGUGGCUGGUGUUAGAACCGAUUAUCCAAUACCUCGGCAGCUUAGCUUCUAUUAUUUUGAAGUGACAAUCAUAACCAUAUCGAACGAGAGAGCGAUUAGUAUCGGAGUUUCCAACGCUAAAGUAUUCGAUGAUCCAAUUUUGUUUAAUAGGGCGCGACAUUCGUGGGAUUACGUUGGCAAUGACGACAAACCUUACGUAUUUUUAGGACUAGGUCGUGUCAACAGCCCUACGUUGACAGUUAAUGACACUGUUGGCUGUGGGGUGGAUUUCACUACCGGAUACUCAUUCUUUACCAAGAAUGGCACCUUUCUGGGGUCUUCUUUUCGAAUCCCCCAGGACGUCACCGUUUAUCCAUCAGUUUUCAUAGAGAAAAUCCCAGGUACUCACCUAAGCGUCAACUUCGGUCAACAGGGAUUCGUCUUUGAUGUUGAUGGCAUGCUAAAGGUGUGCCCCUGGGAACAUAGGUACCGGACAAACCUCAAGCACUAAUGCAUGAGUAGAAAUGGAAUGGUGUUUCAUCAUAGUGUUGCUUAUUUUGUAGGAUAAGAAAUUAUCUCCCUAGAUUCAUGAACCUUCCUGCAAACCCACAUGAUACAAGCAAAUCCUGGCGAAAACUUCUCCGGAGGUGGCAUGAGUCCUUAGCAACCACGUGUCCAACUUUGGCUUUCGAAAUCACUCGGUAGCCGCCAGUGUACCAUUCGCUUAACCGAGUCUUCUUCGGAUACCCGACGAAUCAGUCCGAAGAGAGUCUCAUCACUAUCUUGGACUCUCAUCCUGUCCCAACGUUGUAAUAGCGUAGUCUAGUUUUUCAUCUGAGCCAAUGAGCAAUACACUACCAACA